GGAGGAUUCAGUUUCAAAAGGUGAAGAGAAGCUGGGAAUUAAGAAGGAGGAAGCAUUUUUUGCUGCAGGUCUGAGAAAGGGCAGACUGGCAUGGAGAAAGAGAAGUUCCAGCAGAAGGCUCUGAAGCAAACUAAGCAGAAGAAAUCCAAGUCGGCUGAAUUUCUGAUGGUAAAAGAAGAGAGAGCAGCAACAGAAGGCAUUGAAAAUCCAGCUUUUAACAUCAGCAGCACAGAUCUUUCAGCAUAUCAGCCUUCAGAAGAGAAAGUUAUUAGACAUGACAAGCCAGAUAGCACCCUUGCAGCUCACCAACAAAAACUCGGGCUGCAAGCCCAUGCUAAACCAAGAGGAAAUGAAUACAGCAGAAAUUACUUUGACCCGCUGAUGGAUGAGGAAAUAAACCCAAGGCGGUGUGGGAUGGAGGUCAGUGAAGAAGAUCCUGUAAAAUCUGAUGAACAAAUCCUGUACUCUAAACUGAUGAAGCUUCUAGAUGAAGAAAACAAGAUGCUGGACUUCCAAGCCCAUGUCGUCAGUGAAGAUUUUCCAGAAUCUGUGAUGCCUGUCAGCUCCAGUAAGGCAUGUGACCUUCACAGGGAGCUUGAAGAUGAAGAGAUUCCUUCGUAUAUUGAACAGUUUGAGAGAGAUGUUCAAGAUGACAUAAUUCUGCUUGGCAGCUUUUCACUGGAACAGCACCACAAGGAAGUUUCUCACCGCAAGAAACAAAAGUGGAGAGCCAGGAUUCAGGAACUGCUUCAAAGAUUGGGAAGUCAGCCGCUGAAAACAGAAGAGAAUGGAAGGGAAGAAGAAAUGAUAGCCAGCUUUGGUAACCUCGCAAGUGUGAAUACUGGAUUAAAUGGAGCAGCAGCAGGGCCUUGCGAGAAGGUUGACUACUCCAAGAAGCCUCAGUUAAUAGAAAUUCACUUCAAAUGCUUGAGGGGAGUCAAAGAUAAGGUCCCUAAAGGCCACUACACUCUCAAAGUUCGUGUUCUGAGCCGCUUAGGUGGUGGCUUGCUGGAGAGACCUGAACUGAAGGAGCAGCCUCAGGCCAGGACAACGCAGCCUGUUACUCAUGGUGGAAACUUCUACAACACUGAAAUCUACUUUGGACAAAGUAUCCAGACAGUUCUACCACAUAGAAAAGCUAUGAAGCCAGGAAUGGUACUCCUCUUUGAACUUUUCCUUCUUCGUGGCACCUAUACUUGGAUUGAUCAAGAAGUAGGAUGGGGAGCUUUUCCCUUAUGUGAUAACAAUUUUAAUGCUUUGGAGGGAAAAUUUAAAUGUCCCUUCCUGAGAGGCCAUUACGACCCUAAAGUUGACAGAUUCAAAAAAAUUGAAAACUUUAUUUGUCAAGACUUGGAUCAUUGGUUAUGCAAUCUCUACUUUCAGAUAACUAAACUGCCACAGGAUUCAGAUAAGCAAAGUAAGUGUGAUAUGCAUCUUCAUCUCCCCCCUGAACUUCACAUGUAUUCAAGUGUUGCUGAAAAGAAUGAUGUCUCAGAGAAGGUUGUACAGUCUGGACCACAAGGGCAACCUCUGACCUCCCCAAAAGAUCCUGACACCCAUAAGGGAAGUAUUCCCACUGUUGUAAAGGAAGUGGAAAAACAGUUUAAUGCAGCAAAAGGAGGAGAAGUGUGUGUGUCAGAAGAAGCUGGGAGGAAAAGAGAAGAGCUUAAAAUGCUUCCAGCAGAGGAUUACCAAGAUUGCCAUGGCAGUGCAGAUGAGAACUGUGACUUGUUUUGGCCAAAGGAAGUCCAAGGAGGACAUCACAAGAUCAACUGGAAUAAUCCACCUGACCAACAUCAUGAAGAAAGAUCAGGUCCUGAGAACAAUGGAAGCCAAGAAGAAGAGAAAACAUCUGUAGGGAGCAAUUUUUACUUGGAAGAGUUAGAGAAGUAUACUUUUUCUGUGUGCUGCCAUUCUGCUGCUGAAGUGAAACUGUACCGGCAGGUUGUGGAGCAUUUCCAUUUUGUGGCAUACACAGUCUUUUCAGAGCUGGGACCCACACACUGGCGCUCCAGGGACUUCUGGCUGCUCGCACUGCUAGUAGUUUUGCUUUGGUUCGUGAGACUUUACCUGCAUUAUUUGAGCCAAUGGCUCUUCCUUCAGACCAUCUCAGUACCUGUUACAAAAUUCCAGCUCUUUCCUCACACUGUUGAACUGUGUUACCAGAACUCAUUGCUGCACACCAGUGAAGAGUUGGUCAUGGUUGUGGUGGGACCCCUAACCUUGAAUGCAGGGCUGCUUCUUAUGGUCCUGAUCAGAUGGGGCUGUCAGCAGCUGUUUGACUCAUUCCCUUCCUUCUUGUCAAAGUUUAUCAUAGCUAUGGGAUUAUGGACAGUGCUAGACCCCUUGGCAGUGUUAGUAGUGGAUUCAUUCCUGGGGCGAUUUGGGAACAGUGUAGACAAACCAAUUGCUGAUGCUGCAAAACUCUCCUGGGUCUUUCUGAGAGCUGAGGAGUCAGGGGUUCCUGGUGCUUUAAUCACUGUGAUGCUUUAUACAGUCCUGUUCAUGAUCUCGUCGACAGUAUUGUACCUGUAUUUUUUAAGGCUACAUAGCGAAGGUUGGCUGUUGGAUGUAUUUCAACGUAUUCAUGGUGAGGAAGGCACGUUCUUUAUUCCACUGGACUUAGAGAUUUCCAGUCAGGAGCUGAGCUACAUUAUGAAGAGGGCUGAGCAGUGGAGAGGAGUCAACGGUGAAAGACGGAUGGUGGCAGUGUCUGAUUACAUCUGGAAGGACCACGCCAGCCAGCCUGGUGUCUCCAGCUGUGACCUCCAGCACCAGGAUGAAAUCCCUGACUCUGCAGCCAGCUUGAAAGGUAGCACCACUGUUCAAGUCUCUGUGUAUACCGUUCACCUCAGCGGCCUCCGGGAGCUCUACAGGCACUUCCUCCGGCUACCUGAUGGGGCUAUCAUUGAGGCGUUUGGUGAUAUUAGUGAAGAAAGUCUUUUGUGUAAUGAAAUGAACACAGCCCAGGAACCCAUAAGUAAAAUGGAUAAUGUGCUGUGUACAUCUACACGCAUCAAGCUGAGGGAGAAGAAAAAGAGUACAGCAAGGUGGGAAGGUAUUAUGAUCAGUUUCUGUACCUAGCUGAAGAACACUACUGACACCUAAGCAUAAAAUGAUGGGAGAGAUAGAAGAAAACAAAUCAUUUGAAAAUACGGUUUCUCUUGGGAAGACUAGGGUGCAAUCAGUUAGAGCUGAAAUUUCACAGCUGUGUUUUCCAGUGUGUCUUCAUCCUUGGGUAGUUUCAUUGACUGUGUCCUGUUAGUUUUCCAAUGCCCUCUAAGGAGUGAAGUUCAGUUAAAAGCACCUUGUGUUACUUUUAAAUCCACAGUAAUGUUGUCUGCUAACAGAGAAACCUUGGAAAGUUCACUUGAGCACACAAGACAAAUUCUUUUUAGGGAAAACUGAUCAAUUUAUUUUAUGGGUUCUUGCUCCAAUAUCUCUCUUGUUGGGGGAGGGAGGUCAUACUCUGUCAUUGGUAUAUUUAUAUAAUGUCUAUCUCUGCAUCCUUUUUUCUAAUCUUCAGGAAAUCAAAUUGUCUCUGACAAGAGCUAGUUCCUGCAGUCAUGCAUAUUCCAUGAAGUUGUUUCCAUCCUGAUCCACAUACAUGGUAUGGUUACUGUCUGAUAGGAUUUAUGUUUCUGACAACCACAUCUCUGUGUGUAAAGUGUUGUCCCACAAAUGCUCCAUUUGUAGCCCUUCUGUGGCUUCGACAAGCUUUGCAGUGUGGUGAGCUCAUGGGAUCAGAUCACAGAUCAUGCAAACAUUAUUAUUUCAUAUGAUUUUUUUUCCUUCCAAACUGUGGGGCACUCCCAAAUUUCUCAGGUUUGCUUGUUCCUGCUUUUUCAAGUUUGCUUGUACCUGCUAGCUGUGGUGGGGAAAAUGUUUCUUAUUUGUCUUUCAAGUUUCAUGACUAAAACAUUGACAGCAUUUUCAGUAAUUAUUCAAAGCACAACACGAUUGUAAUUACAAGACUGCAAAAAUGCCCAGAAAAGGAACAAUGAUGGCUUCAUCUUCCAGUUCUGUAACCAAGUCCCAACAGGCUGCAAAAUUUACAAGAUCCCAGAGACCAUUUUUCUGAGGUCUUCAGGAUGGCCAUACCUGCUUCCCCGGGAGCUACAGAAGCUUAAAGCAACCUGGAGGUUAUCCUCAUGCUUUCUUAGUAGUAUUAAAGUUUUGCUCAUUGGUUUGAACCAGUUAGUGCCUAUUCUAUUUAGCUCCAUACAAAUGCAUCAGAAAUUAAGUCAUGCCACAAAGGCAAGAACUAUGAGAGACAACAGAAGGAGAAGAUGGGAAGGGGAACACAGGCAAGAAAGGUGAAAUCGUUUGUGCAAGGCCACCAAAAUCAGAGGCAUGUGUAGAAAUAUAGGGCUGACUGCCAGUGCCCUGACUCUUGGUCUUCCCCGUGGUAGGAUCCUUUUUGUCCUGAAAAUACAGUUGGAAAAGGGAAGAGUCUCACCUUACUGCUAUUUUGAAUCAUUUCUGUAGAAUGCUGUAAUCUAUUAAUUUAGUAAUCAGUGACAUUUUUCUAGCACGUAUGAUUUUCUGGUGUCCCUUUGUUCACUCUGGUAAGGGAAAAAUUUUUCAGAUCCACUUACCUUUGCAAGAUCUUACCCAAUAUAUUGAGCAUUGUUGAUUAAUUUUGUUACUUAAAUCUAUGAUUCUCAUCCACCUGAAUAAUCAGGAAAUUACAUUAGGUAGUAACCUGAACAAUCAGGGAAUUACGUUAGGUAGUAACGUGAAUGUUUAAAUGUCACUCCUGAGAACAGUUUUUCUUUGGGUUUGCAAGAUAACAAUCUGGUUUCCAUUUUUUUUUUCUGGUUUAUUUUUUUUUCUCCUGAUUUAUUUGUGUGCAUGUGCAUAUGUGUGUGGUUAUUUUAUGAGUUACACCCAAACAGAAAUGGUGUUUAAAUCUUCUGAAUAUUUACAAGAACUGAUGCUAUUUGUGUGGCUUCUAUUGCAUCAGAUAUUACUUGGAUGACUUCUCUCUGUCAUAACAGGAAUAAAAUUGCCUUUUUAAUGUUUGCUUUGCCUGUUGACCCUUUAAACUGCUGUACAUAACUUUGAAAAAGAAACUAACUGAAAAGAAAUCAUUCAGUCUCAGAAUUUUUCUGUGGAUUUUUUCUACCUGAGCAGCGUUGCUCU